AUGAAACUCUUAUGCAGUAUUAGCUUGGUGGUGGAGAGGGUGACAAGCAGGAGAUGGAGAAAGCCGAACAAUAGACCUCACAGGGAUGCCCCACAAGGACAUGUUUUCAUCUCCGAUGAACCAACCAUUCAUUUAGAUAGUUUUGAGAAAAUAAUUGGCGGAAUGGGUCCAUUGUGCUUUCAAAGAGAGGAAGCUGAGGCUCCAAAGUGGAGUAUUAAAGGAACCCAGCAAAACACGAAUAAUAAAACGA